AUGUCAACGCCACCCUUUGCAGUUCCACCUGCACGCACCAUCGUCGACUCUAUUGGUCUCAUGGCGUCUCCGAGUGCAUUACCAUUACCCAUUUCUCUCGUUCUUCUCAUACAUCUCCACAUUCUUGGAUAUCCUCAUGCGAAUAACACAGAAUACGACCAGGAUAUGUUCAAUCCCCGUCAUCGAGGAUUGCGCGAGCGUACCAAGACCAUGGAGGACAUCGGUUACUUUUUGGUCAACAGGAUAGAAGGGCAUCCAGAAAGCAUCAGACGUAUCCUGCCCAUAUAUCCAUGUCUUUUACCAUCGGAUACGACAGCCUUUCGUACAUCGCUCGCCAAGUAUCUCGAGAAUCUCCGACACAGUUCCCUGCGCUCAAAUCCAGAUUCGGUUAAGAAAAAUUCGACAAGUACAGUGAACGCUUCAGAGGAAGAGUCUGCCUGGUGGUGGAAGGACGUAGUCGUGCGCAAGUCUCUCCUCGAGGAGUGCUCUGGUGAGCGCUUCGAACGUCUGUUGUUGUCACUCUCGACCCAUGCGCUAUUCAAGUCCUACCCAUCAUCCUUCCGUCUUCCUGUGGGGACUGUGGACUCAGUUCAGAUUCAAUCAACGGCAUACGCAUCCCUCUUAUCUUCAGCGCAAUCUAACCGAAAAACAUGGGACAGAGCCGCUUUACUCCUCCUUCAGCGACAAAACGGCAUCAAGUCUCUUCGUGAUCGGCUGAUCGGGGGACAUGUGAAUAAGCAAUCUACGUACAGCUCACUGUCUACAGACAGGCAGUCUGCUCUAGCAGAAUCAAAGCUUCACGAUCUCAGCGUCGAAUUCUGGGCCAGUACCGAUGGCCAGCAAGCUAUUGAUUUAUUGUUGAGACUCGCCGGCUUGGAGCCCACACGUUCCACAGAGUCAUCUGACAAAGCUGCUAAUUCUUCUGCUUCGAGACACUCACGCCUUACAGACUCACAUUCUCAUGAGACGACCGAAAUUCCUCCUCAACCACUCCCUAUAGCUGCUGCCCACCAUCCACAGAAUAUCCGUAAACUAUCUGUGGAUCUAUUUGCUUCUGGCAGUAAGAAGAACAAGAAAGCUGCGUUUGAGAAGUCUAGCGGUAACGAAGCCCAAUCGAGUGCAAUGUCACAUGCGUCUAUCAUUAUUUCCAGCGACCUCGACGAAGAAACGCGCGUGAACCAGGCCUUGCAGAACUCCCUCUCCCGGGCAAAGGCUGAGAAUGAGAAGCUAAAUAACGGUUUACGGAGACUCGAUCGUGGUGCAUGUGGGGCAGAAGCUCGUCUUUCUAACCUCAAUCUCUGGACAAACAAUUAUGACGGCCAGCAACACGGUCUAGAUCUAAAGAAAACACCUUCUGCUGGUCUUCUGUCCACAUUCUCACUUUCGUGCCCAGCAUCCCCUGACGCGCUGGAGAGGCGUAUAGAUGAAGUUCGAGACACGCUCCUUCCCGUCUUUCCGCCUCCCUUGUCUCAACAAUCGCGCCCUAGGCUAUCUCUAAGCGCCCCUUCUCGUCUUCCUAGACCAACGAUACCCACAGACUCGCAUGUUACGCCUCCUACCGCCGCACCCCUAACCACGCACAAUGCAGUCCCACGCUCGACCUCCAAUAGCAUAUCCCAUGUGUCACCCCCGCAGACACCACGUCAGCUGCUAACGUCUACCCCUCCACAGACGGUGAAACCGCGCUCGGCAUACGUGCGCCGAGUACUUGCCACUCAACGUGGUCAAGGAGGGAGAAAGAGUAUCCGGACGUCGCUCGCUGUGGCAUCGAGGCCUUCGCUAUUCGGGGGUCUCCAUCUUGAUCUUGAUCCAGAUAUGGAGGGCGAAGGCGAGGAUACUGAAAGCGAGGAGGUUGAUAGGAUUGUAGAUGCUAUUAAUGACGACUCGUCCAUCGAGGUGGACGGGUACCUCACUCCUCGACCGACGGCGACGAGGUUGGCGUCUCGCACUCCUUUUUCGACAGCAAAAACGAAGACCUUCACUGCUCCACGUGCUUCAUUCAAGGUGGACGAGGGACUCGACCUUCCUUCCUUUCCUUCAGACCUUACUUCGCUUGACCAGCACAAAUAUUCGAGUCCACGUCAAGGAAAAAGGCAGGAGAUGUGGACAGACGAUGGAGAUGACGAUGAACCGUAUUACGAGGGGGUUAGCGUGACGCUACGAGAUAUCCUCCUGAGCGCGGGCGAUACGACCCAAUUUGAUCUGUUAGGUGGGAAUCAGGUAGAGAUGGAGGAUGAAUCUGGUAUCUGGGAGUAG